AUGACAAACAAAAAUAAUAUUGACCUUAUAAACGCAGCCUUUACGGCUUUAAUGGAUCCAUACAAGUUUAUAUCUGUGAAAGAAUUUCGAGACAUAGAAGCCCGUCAUGAAACAAACUAUGAAGCACGAUAUGAAGAAGUUGACAUAAAAUCGUUUCAUCAAAUCAAUCUUGUUGGAAAUUAUUUGGAUGCUGUCAGUAAUUAUCAGCACUCUGAUUCUCAUAAAUUGCAACAAAUUUUCGUUAAAAUCUGCAACAAAACUAGACUAAUCUUAUGUGAAAAAAAUGAUACAAUCGAUACUAUUAAACUGAAAAUAUACGCUAAAAAAGGUAUACCACCACAUGAGCAGAGAUUAAUUUUUACUGGGAAGCAAUUAGAGGGCAAUAAAAAGCUUUCUGACUAUGGUAUUCAAGAAGGAA